GGAUACCUGCACGUGUCACUUACUGUCUAGUUAACUGUGUAUCUUUACUUCCUGUCUCAUUAACUGCGUGUCUCUCUACUUCCUGUCUAGUUAACUGCGUGUCUCUCUACUUCCUGUCUAGUUAACUGCGUGUCUCUCUACUUCCUGUCUAGUUAACUGCGUGUCUCUCUACUUCCUGUCUAGUUAACUGCAUGUCUCUCUACUUCCUGUCUAGUUAACUGCGUGUCUCUCUACUUCCUGUCUAGUUAACUGCGUGUCUCUCUACUUCCUGUCUAGUUAACUGCGUGUCUCUCUACUUCCUGUCUAGUUAACUGCGUGUGUCCACGGUUCAGCAGCCAUGCUCUUCCCCAUGUUCUGGCAACACAUCUACAUCCCUGUGCUGCCUUUCCAUCUCCUGGACUACUGCUGCGCUCCCAUGCCCUACCUGGUAGGAGUUCAUCUCAGCCUGCUGGAGAGGGUUCGGAGCAGGGCACUGGAGGACGUGGUCAUCCUGAACGUGGACACUAACACACUGGAGAGCCCUUUAGACGACCUGCAGAACCUGCCCGCUGACGUGGUUUCCUGUCUGAAGAGCAAGCUGAAGAAGCAGUCCACCGCCACAGGAAGUGGUGUGUCCAGGGCGUUCCUGCGGACUCAAGCUGCUCUGUUUGGAUCCUACCGGGACUCCCUCAGAUACAAACCUGGAGAGCCAAUCACGUUCUGCGAGGAGAGCUUCGUGGCCCAUCGCUCCAGCACCAUGAGGAUCUUCCUGGAGAUGGCCGUCAAUCUGCAGCUCUUCAAACAGUUUAUUGACGGCAGGCUGGCCAAAUUGAACGCAGGCCGAGGCUUCACCGACGUGUUUGAAGAGGAGAUCACCCUGGGGGGCUUCUGUGGAAGUAAUUCCAGAUCCUAUCAACAAUGGAUGGACACUGUGAAGAGGGGAGGAGCUUUGCUCAACACUGCAGUGACUAAGGCCAGGAGUCAUGCCAGGCAGGGCAUUAAGGGCAUGAGGAGCAGACUGAAACAAAGGGAAGAGGAGGAAGGGGGCCUGACCUGUGCUGGCUCUCCCACCAGCACCAAGAGCCUAUCGCCACGGAGACUGCAGAAGAUAAGGAGGAGUCAUUUGACAAAGUAUCCCCUGAGAAUGGGAUGUCCAGACUUCACCAUCGAUGACGAUGAACUGGACACAGCCAGCAAGAUCUCGUCUGAAGACAGUGGCGAGGUGCCGUCCUACACCGAGGACAGCGACGAUUCCUAUUCGCUGGAGCUGGACACCGACUCCUCCCAGGCGGGCGGGAUGAACCUACUGGAGGAGAUCCUGGACUCUCUGAGCACCAGCACAGAGCAGGGCAGACUCAGCGCAGCCAAGAGCCUGGACUUCUUCAGGUCCAUGGAGGACAUAGACUACACUGCUGCGAACAAGCCCAACCCCCAGAGUGAGAGUAACCAGCUGUGUCCCAGUGGUGAAGGGGGAGGCGGGGGGGAGCAGGGGGGCUGGAACAUGGGUCAGGACGACAGUGCCGUCCAUGGGAAACACCUGCCCCCGUCCCCACGCAGGCAGCCCAGCCAGAGGGGGGGAGACCCCCCACGGGCCCCUCUGACUCCUGUCCCAGCCUCCGCCCCGACGCAGGCCGUGUGUGCCCCUCAGCCCCCGGAGCGCUCCAGUCCUCCCCUACUCCCAGCGUUGCACCAAAACUCCCAAGGACCACCCCCCGUAUCCACCCUCACCCAGUCCCCAUCCCCCUCAUCCCCCCACAGGAACCCCCACAGCACAUCGCCUACCUGCACCUCCGGCCAGCCACUCCCCCAGGUCAGGUAUCGCACCAUCUCGGACCCCCAGGCCCAGUCCGAGCCCCAGCCCCAGGCCCAGCCCCAGCCCCAGGCCAGCUCGUCCAUCCUCCGCAGGAAGGUCCUCUCCAAGGAGACGGUGAAGCAGUACCAGGACAAGGCCUUCCUGAGGCAGACCAGCCGGAGCGGGAGCAGGCAGCCUAGCGUGCUGGUGCCCUGGGAGCGGGAGGCCUGCGGGGGGGAGGAGGAGGCGGCCCCGGAGCCAGACAGGGCGUCGGGGGUGGAGGGCCAGGAGAAAGGCCUGCUGGAGGAGAUCGAGUCCAUGUGUCGUCUCAGCUCGGCCUUCCACACCAGCAUGCAGCUCUCCCAGGUCCACUGCAACUCCAGCAGCAACUCCUGCAGAAACAACACGGACAAGUCCUGAGUCGGGGUCAGGGGUCAGGGCCACACU